UAUUUUCGAUAAAAUAUAUGUAGUUGAUAAUUACUUUUUGCAUCCCUUAUUUUAGUUGAAAAAAAAUCAUUGAACGAAUUGGGCGACGGUCAUCAAUUCCAUACAUUUUUCAGUACUGGCAGUGCCUGUUAUAGUGAAAUAAAAGUAUAAUAUAGUGAGUGGAAAAAUAGAUAACUCCAGAUCUCAUUUAAAUCAAUAUUUAAAAACAACAAGAGUCAGCUAGUCUAGAACAGAGGAGAACGGUAAUAAAGACAGACGUAGGAGUCUGCUUUGCGCAGCUACGUAGAAGCUAUUAAUUUAUAAAUUGCGACAACGUUAUAUCGUAAUUAAAGCCGAUUCCAAUAAACAAUCAAAGAUACCCCACUCUUUUCACUAUGGACAACUUGAUACCUAUUGUUAACAAGCUGCAAGAUGCGUUCACAUCGCUCGGCGUUCACAUGCAAUUAGAUUUGCCUCAGAUAGCCGUUGUUGGUGGCCAAUCGGCAGGAAAGAGUUCCGUGCUGGAAAACUUCGUGGGCAAAGAUUUUUUACCUCGGGGAUCCGGUAUUGUUACUCGCAGGCCUUUGAUACUACAGCUGAUCCACGGAGUUACCGAAUAUGGAGAAUUUCUUCAUUGUAAGGGUAAAAAGUUUUUGAAUUUUGAUGAGAUUCGAAAAGAAAUUGAGGAUGAAACGGAUCGUGUUACUGGUAGCAAUAAAGGCAUCUCCAACAUUCCCAUUAAUUUACGCGUUUAUUCGCCUCACGUACUCAACCUAACACUUAUUGAUUUGCCAGGCUUAACAAAAGUAGCAAUCGGUGACCAACCUGUGGACAUUGAGCAGCAAAUUAAGCAGAUGAUAUUUCAGUUUAUUCGCAAAGAGACAUGCCUAAUACUGGCCGUGACACCAGCUAACACCGAUCUGGCCAACUCGGAUGCUCUUAAGCUGGCCAAAGAGGUUGAUCCACAGGGUGUGCGGACCAUUGGUGUGAUAACAAAACUUGAUCUCAUGGACGAAGGGACAGAUGCGCGGGAUAUCCUGGAGAAUAAGCUGCUUCCCUUGCGGCGCGGCUAUAUUGGAGUUGUUAAUCGUUCACAAAAGGACAUAGAGGGGCGCAAAGACAUUCACCAAGCAUUGGCCGCUGAGCGCAAAUUUUUUUUAAGCCACUCCUCAUAUCGUCACAUGGCCGAUCGACUAGGCACUCCAUACUUACAGCGAGUUCUUAAUCAGCAGCUAACUAAUCAUAUACGCGACACAUUACCUGGCUUGCGUGAUAAAUUGCAGAAGCAGAUGCUAACCCUGGAGAAGGAGGUUGAGGAGUUCAAGCACUUCCAGCCAGGCGAUGCCAGCAUUAAGACAAAGGCUAUGCUACAAAUGAUACAGCAGCUUCAGUCUGACUUCGAACGGACUAUUGAAGGCAGUGGAUCGGCUUUGGUCAACACAAACGAGCUCUCUGGUGGUGCCAAGAUCAAUCGCAUUUUUCACGAGCGUCUACGCUUCGAGAUUGUUAAGAUGGCCUGUGAUGAGAAAGAAUUGCGGCGAGAGAUUUCAUUCGCCAUUCGCAAUAUUCACGGUAUUCGCGUCGGUCUUUUCACCCCGGAUAUGGCUUUUGAGGCUAUUGUGAAGCGACAAAUAGCACUGCUAAAGGAACCGGUAAUCAAGUGCGUAGAUCUAGUUGUUCAGGAACUUUCUGUUGUCGUGCGGAUGUGCACCGCUAAAAUGGGUCGGUACCCUCGUUUGCGUGAGGAAACAGAACGCAUUAUUACAACACACGUACGUCAACGCGAGCAUAGUUGCAAAGAGCAAAUUCUUCUUCUUAUCGAUUUUGAGCUAGCUUACAUGAAUACCAAUCACGAGGACUUCAUUGGUUUUGCUAAUGCUCAGAAUAAAUCUGAAAACGCAAAUAAGACAGGAACUCGUCAGCUUGGCAACCAAGUUAUAAGAAAGGGCCACAUGGUGAUACAGAACCUUGGCAUAAUGAAAGGCGGCUCGCGUCCUUACUGGUUUGUGCUAACAUCUGAGAGCAUCUCCUGGUACAAAGAUGAGGAUGAAAAAGAGAAGAAAUUCAUGUUGCCAUUGGAUGGUUUAAAAUUGCGCGAUAUUGAACAGGGCUUUAUGUCAAUGUCUAGACGUGUUACCUUUGCUUUAUUCAGUCCAGACGGACGCAAUGUUUAUAAGGACUACAAACAACUGGAACUAUCUUGCGAAACGGUCGAAGAUGUUGAGUCGUGGAAGGCUUCCUUCUUGCGAGCUGGUGUCUAUCCCGAGAAACAGGAAACCCAGGAAAAUGGAGACGAGGAAGGACAAGAGCAAAAAUCGACCAGUGAGGAAAGUUCCUCGGAUCCACAGUUGGAACGUCAGGUCGAAACCAUACGUAAUCUCGUUGAUUCGUAUAUGAAGAUCGUAACAAAGACAACGCGGGACAUGGUACCCAAGGCAAUUAUGAUGCUCAUCAUUAAUAAUGCCAAGGACUUUAUCAAUGGAGAGCUUUUAGCUCAUCUUUAUGCGUCUGGUGAUCAGGCACAAAUGAUGGAAGAGUCAGCUGAAUCGGCAACAAGACGUGAAGAAAUGUUACGCAUGUAUCGUGCCUGUAAAGAUGCAUUGCAAAUUAUAGGUGACGUUUCAAUGGCAACUGUGUCAUCUCCAUUGCCUCCCCCGGUUAAAAAUGAUUGGUUGCCAAGUGGAUUGGAUAAUCCCCGUCUGUCCCCACCAAGUCCAGGUGGUCCCCGUAAGCCAGCACCCACCGUACAGGGUUCGUUGGGUGGGCGAAAUCCCCCAUUACCACCGGCAACUGGGCGCCCAGCGCCAGCUAUUCCCAAUCGCCCAGGAGGUGGUGCACCACCACUACCUGGUGGUCGACCAGGAGGCGCAUUGCCUCCUCCAAUGCUACCUUCAUAAUUAAAAAAGCCAAGGGAAUCGAACGCGACAAAAGGAGACACCGAACAAUUAAUUUUUAUUAUUUUAAUUUUAAAAGGUUUUCGCAUCAAAGAUAAUGAAAUUAUAUGUAAAUUAGUUUAAUUAGUUAAGUUUUAAGUUUAAUGUGUUUUUAUUGACUUUUCGUUGGAAAUGUCCAUACUAAGUAUAAAAACUUGAUACAUAAAAGUAUGUGGAUAAAUAUAUACAAAAUUUACAUAUGUACGUUUCUCCACAUAAAAACAUAUUCAGACAGGCUUCGGUUCCUUGACACCGCACGAAUUUGUGGUCCCGUUUUCACAAAACGCAAGGUUUUUCCGAUUUCAAAACGGCAACAUUUUCCUCGCCAAAAUAUAAAGUAAAUGGCUUUUUAUACAACCAAACGAAUCUUAAUUGCAAAAGGCACAAAAAUGUAUGACUUAUUAAUGUAUUAACAUAUAUUUGACACCAUUAUUAGGGAAAUUUAGCUUUUGCCUUUUAUAUCAACAAUUUUUUUUAACCCAACCUCAAAUGCGGGUUCAUGUAAAAAUCUGACGCAGACCGAAGUUGGUAUAGAUACUUCGGAUGUUAACUAUAACAAAGGUUUUUGUGCGCACAAUGCACAAAAUUGUGCUCCUAACAUCACUAAAUUGUGCGUUUAACAGAACAUAAGAAAUGUGAGAAAAAUUUGUGAAAACAGGAACGAAAACGGGAAGUUUUGGCUGAAAACGCAAAUCCCAAAGUAAGAAAAAACCGGAGCCUUUCUGACUGUACUUAUUUAAUAUUUCUACGAUUGUUUGAAACAAAAAAUGGAUAUUGUGGCGUGGAUAUAAGGCAUUGUUGUAAACAUGUGUGAAAUAGCAGCAUCUAACUCUAUAUUAAUCGAAAAAAUUUUGAAUUUAAUAAUAAUUACUGCGUGAAUGAAAUUAAAGAAAAUUAAAGAAACGUUGCACAAACAUUUAACAAA